UUUACUUUGUCAGCAUGCAGAGCUGAGGAGAACUUUAAAUGAGAUUUUAAUUCUUCUCUAAACGCGGGAUUAUUGAGGCUGCCCAGAAAUAUCCACAGAAAGUGUGCAAUCCCUUCCUUCUGUAAUCUUCGGAAACAAACUGGAAGACGCUCAGUCUGCCUGAAAAACGAGGUGGCAGCUGAAUAAAAUGCAUUUAUGUGUGCGGUGAUGGAGGCGGCGACCCUGAGCAGUCCUCAAAGAAGAUUCACUGUCGUCCCCGUUCAAAAGAGCUUGAGUCUUCCUUCCUACGCCAGGGCGGGAGGUGAAGGGAUUGAUCACAAGCUCAUUUUUGCUGCUCUUGAACUGAAGGAGAAGAGCCGGCGCAAGAGCAGAAUUUUUGCCAAGGAGAAGACCGCUCGUCAGAAUCUGUUCUGUCUUCCCAUACCUUCCAGUGCCAAGUGCAGAGAGACUUCCCUCAGCUCCGACACGUCCUGUUCAUCCCUAGAAUAUCAGAAACCGAAGCAGGUGUCGAAGCUCAAAGCGGAGGAAGUCAUUGUCUCGGCACCGCGACCAUCCCAUCCACCUUCGAACGAUUUUGAAUCUUCCAAAACGAAACCGACCAGAAACGAAAGUGAUAGGAAUCCGGAUUCCGUUCGAGAUGAAAUUUCACCCAAAUGUGAGGAUAGAGAACCGGGCCAUUCUCUCAAAGUGAAUGACCACCAUCAGAAUCUUCGAAGCCCGGUUGAAUACCUCAGGCCCAAUGUCGGCAGUAGCGACAGCAUGGAACGUUCUUCGAGGAGUUCCACCGAUAGCCUUAGCAGAAAAGAACGUCUCACAGCCAUCAAAGCCAGAGUUGAAGCAGCGAGAGAGAAAUAUGGCGAUAGUUCCUCAGAGGAAGAAUCCCGUGCUGUUAUCGCCAGGUAUAACAGCGAUGGAGUCAUUCAUAGGAGAGUUCGAGACGUCAAGUCGAGAUCGUCUCGCAUGGAGAAAGGAAUUCGUAGGAGAUCUCAAGAUGAAUGGAGCAUACGAAGAGCCAGCAGAAAAAAUUUAAGCCUCUGCUUGACGUCUCACGAUGACAAUUUCUUAGAAAAAUCGUUCAUCACCAAUGGAUUCAAUAAUAAUUUCGAGUGUAAAACGGACUUUUGUCCAUCCCCUAAUUAUCCCGAUUUAUCGAGAAAAAAUUAUUACAGCGAUUUUCCGAACAAGGAAAAUGUCGCUCGCGUUGUUCAGGCUCGCAUAAAGCAAAUUGAAGAUGAAGAGAAAAAGCGGAAAAUUGAUCUUGGUUUUCGGGAUAAAAACAAAAUUGUACUUCGCCAAAAUUUGCAAAAUUUAGAAAAUUCAGUCUGUAGCUUAUCUGAACAAAUGAGGGAAAUUUCUCCUGAUAAAAACGUUAAUCAUCAUACAAAUGUUUCUAAAUAUCCGGCCAAUUCAGAAACUAUAAGGUGCCCAUCGCCUAUUCCUAGAUCCCAACAGGCUCCAACCCCGCCUCCUAGAUCUCCUAAGUCCAAAACAUUUAUAAACAAAGCAUUCAUUCAGCAUCAAAAUGCAAGUCGAGAAAAUUUUGAAAACAAUAGCUUAGAAAGGAAGGGUUUCAUUCAGUCAAAUAUUCCUAACACACGUGUGUAUGGUAAAAGUGAGGUUAACUUACCCGAAACAAAAAAUACCGACGAGACACUUGCAGAUUCUUUGGAAAAGAGACGAAUUCGAGAACUUUUAAACUCUCGAAGAAAAACGUGCGGAUUCUUUGACUUUUCAGAUAAAGUCAUGUUGAAUAAAACCAAUGAUUUCAUUGAUAAUACCCAGCACCUGUUUAGAGAAUGCAAUAAAAUUUCUUCACCUGUCAGCACACUAAAAGCAAAUGAGAAUAAGGAGUCCGGCUCUGAUUCGCAAUUUUCCUUAUCUGAAGAUAUACAAAAGAAACUUCUGAAGAAUAAAUUUAGUGAAAAUGAGCAAAAACAUGAAUAUAUGUUUAAUAGUUUAGAAAGUAAAAAGAAACUCAAUUCUUCUCUGUGGUUUAAAUCUGAAAAUAGUCCAUUGAAGAAAGAAAGUUGCUUUUGCCACAUAAAACCUGGUGACAAUUUUGUGUGCACUUGUAACUCGCUCAAAAAUAAAGAUAGUUGCAAACCUUUUUCAAACUCCUUACUUUUUGGCAAGCAAGGAAUUUCUUUGAACCUAAAUCACGGAGAAAGAACAAAGAUUGAACUCAAAAAUCCUAUCAGCAGGCUGAGUAAAUCCGAAAUGAAUAUUUCUUUUACUGAAUCCUCUAAGAGAGACAUUAAGAAGGACCAUGGAGGAAAUACGUGUAUUCUGCCUCUUCAAAAGUCGCAGACAUGCCCUUCAGCAAAAGAUGUACCAAAAAUGGCUGAUAUAAAUGAUGAAAUAUCAGCUACUGCCAAUUUAGAAAGUGCAAUGGAAGAAUUAGAAAAUGUGUAUCGUAGUUUAAAAUUCAGCAGCGAUAAUUUAUCCGAGAGAAACAGCAUGUCACAAAGCGAAGAUGAUUUUCGCUUAUCAAAAAAUGAACUCUGUCGAAGUGAAAUUUGUUCUAAACCAAGAUCCUCGGUAAAGGAAAGUAUUUUUAAGUUCGAUUCUAUUAGUAAAUUCGGCAACGAUUCUAAACUUUCUUGCAAUCUAAAUCAUCCCAAAUACUCUAACUCUAUUAAGCCUGAUCCAGAUAGUAAAAUUCUACAUACCAGCAAUACAAACCUAAGUACAGCGAGCGUUUCUGUGCCUAAGCCAUUUUCUAUUGACGAACUAUUCAAUGAUUUAACUCGCCAAUUAGAUAUAGAACAGAAGCAAUUGAAAGAAUCACGUGAUAAUCGUUGUCCAAGCCAGUUUUGUUCAAAUGUGGGAAAGACUGAAAGUUCGAAGCAUUUAAGUCCUUUAGAAUCAAUUGUUAGUCUAAGAAAAGAGUUAUACAACAAUUUACAAAAAAGCUCACUGAAAAGAUUGAAUGGUAAUGAAAAUGUGAGGAAAGACAUUGAAAAAGUCGAUGAUUCUAAUGUAGCCCUUGCACGAAAAAAAUACAAAGCAGUUCGGUCUUUGUCAGCAAAUAUAUCCAGCCUUAUGUCCGGUGAAAAUUCGGAUUCAAGUGGGCGUAAUAAACCAAAUGUCCCAGAUAACUCUUCUAGUUAUAACUUGCAAUCGUCUCUAACCCGAGAAUCUCCCCCUAAAUAUUGCAGUCCCCUCAAUUCAAAUAAAAAAGACUAUCUGUAUGUUAAAUCUCCAAGACCAUAUAAAAUUCCGGAGAAAAAGACUGAUACCGAUAAUUUUCCAAACCAAAAGUCGGACGAAAUCCGCCAUAUUCGUGUUUCUAUGGAUUCAAACCCAGUUAUCUCGAGUAACACAUGCACUGAUAGUCAAGAAUAUGCACGAUUAAGUUCUGCAGUGUGCGGCCCACAGUCCCCAUCUAAAUGUGAUUUUCUCAAACGUUCAGAAAUGAAUAGUCCUAUUACUGAACCAACUCCAAAAGACAAGAUGGACGUCUUAGAUGAGACUGGCCUGGAAAAACUCCUCAAUUCGUUAUUAACUGAAGUCCCUGAAUCCAACCAAUCUAGUCUACUAUUUCCAAAGGACGUUGGACCAGCCACUCCACCUACAACAUCAGGUGAGAUGCGUGUCUUGCAGCACUUGGAUGUCAUUCGUCUCAAACCAGUCCCCAGUUAACAUGUGUGUGACUUAAUGCCUGUUUUUGCUCGUCGUUAACAUGUUGUCUGUGUUCCAGUAAAUAGUAACUAAUAUGUAAUGGAAUUUGUUUGUGCUGUUAUUCCAUCACCCCCUAUUGACACAUUAAAUAUGAGGCAGUGAAAAGUAAAGGGAUGUAAGUGGACAUUUCCAAGUUUUGAGUAAAACGCGUUUAAAGGCGCGGUUCUAGCAGUGCCGGAUCUAGGGGGAGUAAGCCGAAUGAAGCCCUUGCCCCGGCGGCAAAUUCAACCUAUUUCUGUGGGAUUUUUUUAAUGAAAUUAGUUAUAAUAUCUAGAAUGAAGAGAGGUAAGGGCGGCAUUUUCAAGUUUUUGCCCCAGUUUUGAAAAAUUGUAGAUCCGGCACUGGGUUCUAGGUAGGCUUUCAUAGAAAAGUUUGUAUAAAUCUUGCUGUGUAGCCGCACCUACCAGAGCUACUAAUAGUACUAUCUCUUGCCCCGAAAGAGAGAAGAAGUUCACCUACCAUUUUUACUUAUUAUCUCCAAAUUUUUAAUUUUGCCACUUUCAUCCCUUUGUUUAUCACUACCUCAUAUAAUGUUUUAUUGAAGAAAACGUGUAUAUUUGAUGCUAUUCUGGUUUAAUAAAUGAAUUAAAUUAUUUUUAUAUGAACUUUUAAAUUUAGUAUGGAAGUUAAUAUUUUACACAUCUCAGUAUUUGUUAGAUUUUUUCUCUAAUAAUCCUGUUUACUAAUGCAUGUGCAAGUUUGAAGUGAAUUUUGAAAGAGAGAGAGCCUAACAAAUUUCUAAUAGAUUUAGUUUGAGUUGCUUGUAAAACAGACUGGUUGCAUGAAAGUUGUUGAACAUUCUGCAUAUUACAAAUAGAUGAUUUUUCUUCUUUUUUAAUGGUCAACAACAAUAAAAUAUUACUUCUGCUGCGUUUUAGUUGAGGAGCUCUUCUGAAAGUCAUAAUAAAGUGAAAUGCAAUUUUUUUCUUGUGCCAAUUCCUUGUUUUUCUUACACAUAGUUAUGUUUCUUUUCUUUUUGAAAAGAAUAAAACAAAGAGUACAAUAUUUUACAUUAUAAAACACAAAAGACUUAGAAUUUUAAUUAUAA